AUGGCAACUAAGCGUGGGCGUGGUGGUGCCUCUGGCAACAAAUUUCGUAUGACAUUGGGUCUCCCUGUCGGUGCCGUCAUGAAUUGUGCUGACAACUCUGGCGCGAAAAAUCUCUACAUCAUUGCGGUGUGUGGUAUUAAAGGUCGGCUGAACCGUUUGCCUGCUGCCGGUGUUGGAGAUAUGGUGCUGGCCACGGUCAAGAAGGGUAAGCCCGACUUGCGUAAGAAGGUCAUGCCUGCUGUGGUCAUUCGUCAGCGUAAGGCGUGGCGUCGCAAAGACGGUGUCUUUCUUUACUUUGAAGACAAUGCAGGUGUGAUUGUCAAUCCCAAGGGAGAAAUGAAGGGAUCAGCUAUAACGGGACCUGUUGGUAAAGAGUGCGCCGAUUUGUGGCCGCGUAUAGCAUCCAAUGCAGGUUCCAUUGUCUAA